AUGGGGGGCAAAUCCGAAAACAAGGCCGGCUACUUCGAUAAGCUCAAGGGCUUACUCGAGGAGUACACGUCCAUCUUCAUCGUCACCGUCGACAAUGUCAGCUCUCAACAAAUGCACGAGAUCCGUGGAUCUCUCCGUGGUGAGGGUGUUGUCUUGAUGGGAAAGAACACCAUGGUCCGCCGUGCCGUCAAGGGCUUCGUCAACGACAACCCAGAAUACGAGCGUCUCCUUCCUUUCGUCAAGGGUAACGUUGGUUUUGUUUUCACCAACCAAGACCUCAAGACUAUCCGUGACAAGAUUCUCGACAACAAGGUUGCUGCUCCAGCCAGAGCUGGUGCCGUUGCCCCAGAUGAUGUCUUCAUCCCAGCCGGUAACACCGGUAUGGAGCCAGGAAAGACCUCUUUCUUCCAAGCUCUCGGUGUCCCAACCAAGAUUGCCCGUGGUACCAUUGAAAUUACCACCGACUUGAAGCUCGUCGCUGCCGGUACCAAGGUCGGAGCUUCCGAGGCUACCCUUCUUAACAUGUUGAACAUCUCUCCGUUCACAUACGGUAUGGGUAUCUCCCAAGUUUACGAUGCUGGUAACACUUUCCCACCAAGUGUUCUCGACGUUGAAGAGGCCCAACUUCUCAAGGCUUUCAGCAGCGCUAUCACCACCAUUGCUGCUAUCUCCUUGGCUGUCAACUUCCCAACUCUUCCAUCUGUCAUGCACUCUGUUGUCAACAGCUACAAGAAUGUUUUGGCCAUUGCCAUCGGAACCGACUACAGCUGGGCUGAGAUUGAUGAGUUGAAGGAUCGCAUUGCCAACCCAGACGCCUACGCUAGUGCCGGACCUGCCGCCACCGAGGCUGCCCCAGCUGCCGCUGCUGCUGAGGAGUCCAAGAAGGAGGAGUCCGAGGCUGAGGAGUCUGGUGAUGAGGGAUUCGGAGGAAUGUUCGACUAA